GCCUAUUAGGGUGCAUAUGCUAACCAAAACAGAAAGUAGAAAUCAGGUUCCGAUAUCCAACAGGGCGUAAAUUGAAAUCGGUGAAGCCUAAUCAGGGAGAUUAUUGUUAGCAAUCAACAAACAACUGUCGUCAAUGGAGGUUUUAAAGUGUGGAUUUUGCAAUUUUGGUGAAGAAGCAGUUGAUGUCUGUGGACGUUUAUUUCAUUCAAAGAAAACACCAUCUAUAAAAUCAUGCACAGCUCAUCUAAAAUGCAUGCAAUAUUCUGCAGAUUUAACACAAUAUAAAAGUGAUCAUUUUGGAGGUUUUAAAAUCGACAAAGUUUUGAAAGAAAUGGACAGGGGUAAACGAUUGUUGAAAUGCAGUCAGUGUAUAUUCAGUAAAAGAAGCGCAGGCUGGAAAAGACGACAUUUAUCUGCUACUGCCGGGUGUGCUGUUGCUAGUUGCCAGAAAAAUUUCCAUUUCUACUGUGCCAAUAACAGUAAAAAAUGUAUAAAUAAAAGAUAUGUGUUUGGCUUACAACAAAGUAGCAGAUCAUUUGUUCUUUAUAGGGUGUUUUGUUCUAGAGAGCACGAAGAAUUAUAUCGAAGAACCAUCAAAGAAUAUGUGAAAGAAAUGAUAACACGGAAAGAUAGUGAUGAUGAUGAUAGUGACGAAGAUAUCGACACCGAUAGUAAUUGUUAUAUCAACACCCAGAUGAAUAGUGAAAUACCCGAUAAUGAUCACGUCACAACAUACGUACAAUUACCAGAUAGUACAAACCAAGUAGCUACCAAAAUACUUAAGCGGCAACUGUCUGUUACCAACUCGUCUGAAACAUGCCAUAAACGAGAUGUGAAAGAAAUGAUAACACGGAAAGAUAGUGAUGAUGAUGAUAGUGACGAAGAUAUCGACACCGAUAGUAAUUGUUAUAUCAACACCCAGAUGAAUAGUGAAAUACCCGAUAAUGAUCACGUCACAACAUACGUACAAUUACCAGAUAGUACAAACCAAGUAGCUACCAAAAUACUUAAGCGGCAACUGUCUAUUACCAACUCGUCUGAAACAUGCCAUAAACGAGGUAAACCCAAAGAGGGUGUGACAACCAGACGCACAGAAUAUGAAACUGAUGGCGAUACAGACGCAACUGGUGAGAAAGCACCUGUUCAAGUAAAUAAACCACUACUUGACCGUAUAGAGGUAGCCAAAACUCAAUCUCCUGAAUCAUCUGAUGAUGUGGAGAAUGUUGAACUAAAUGAUACUCCCCUCAGCGGUGUAGGAUUAGCCCCUUUAUCUUCUAGUGGUGACGAAAUGCCCAAUCUAAAGAACAGAUACGGUUCUGGCGAUGAAAGUGAUGUAGGAUCAGCCACUUUAUCUUCUAGUGGUGACGAAAUGCCCAAUCUAAAGAACAGAUACGGUUCUGGCGAUGAAAGUGAUGUAGGAUCAGCCACUUUCUCUUAUAGUGAUGACGAAUUGCUCAGUCUAAAGAACAGAUACGGUUCUGGCGAUGAAAUUGAUGUAGGAUCAGCCACUUUCUCUUCUAGUGAUGACGAAUUGCUCAGUCUAAAGAACAGAAACGAUUCUGGCGAUGGAAGUGAUGUAGGAUCAGCCACUUUCUCAGAACAGAACACUGCUGACUCGGCCAUGGUGUAUACAUGGGGACAUAAUACAGAUAACACAACCACUGCUGACGGCAGCUAUAAUCAAACUGAAGUUGAUAUUUUAUCUUCGUAUCUUGAUGAUCAAAAAGAACGAAUCAGUGAUGUGGUGAUUCGACCUAAUGAUAAUCUCUUAUUAAAAUCACUUAAUUCACAAACUGUUGUCAGCCAUCUUGUAGACAAAUAUAAAAAUGUUGCAGAAAAUGGAGAUCAAGAUAUUGUAUUUGAUCCAAUCUGUUUAAUUUUAUUAUCUGAACUUGACACAGAAUUAGUAAACUUCAAAGAGUAUGUAUUUAAAAUGUUAAAACAUUUCAUCACUUCGAAGAAGUCACAAUGUUCUAAUUUUUCCGCUCUCGUGCCAGUUAAUAUAGGAUUUCCGAGGUCCUACCAAAUCCAGGAGGAUAUUCAAAGAUUGUUCGAAACAAAAUUAGAUGUAAACAUAGUGAGCGCUUUCGAUCCCGAAGAAAAUGGAAUAUCGUGUGUGUUAAUUGAAAUGGUUUUUCCAAAUUCAGCUAUACGUCACAAUAGCACUGAAAUAGACAAAAAGGCGAUCCCAACACCAGCUUGUUCCAAUAAAAAGACAAGGACACCAUCAUCUUGUGCCAAUAAAAAGACAAGAACGCCAUCAUCUUGUGCCAAUAAAAAGACAAAAACACUAUCAUCUUUUGCCAAUAAAAAGACAAGAACACCAUCAUCAUCUUGUGCCAAUAAAAAGACAAGAACACCAUCAUCGUGUUCCAAUAAAGGAAAACAUUAGCUUGUUCCAAUAAGAAGACAACAUCACCAUCGACUUGUUCCAAUAAGAAUACAUCACCAUCGACUUGUUCCAAUAAAAAGAAAUCAAAACCCUUGGCUUGUUUCAAUAAAAAGACAACAACGCCGUUUAGUAAAAUGAAAAGGCAUUAAACAUACCACAAGGUCGGGGUCUGAAAAAUCCUCACGUAAUAAUAUCAACUUCCUGGGAAAUCGCUGAAUGUUAAUACAUCGAUGGAAUUACAGGCUAAUUCUUUUUUAUAGCCAGCCUUAAAUGGCAAAUCAGAUUUUUUAAGUGCCAUUUUCCUUACAUGGAUGGCAUUCUAAGGACCACCAUGGUUUUGGGGCACCUUUAGUUUUCCCACCUCUUGUUCUGGGGAUCGAAGCGUUUGCUAUACUAAAGAUUGCACGCGAAUUAUUCUUGGUAAGUAUAUUAUAUCAUUGUGUCUAACUACUCUUGGGUCGAUUCAUCACAAUAGUGAUGGAAAAAAUUCGAAUCUGCUCGUUCAAGUUGCCACAUUUGUUUCCAAAUUACUGCAAUUUACGUUCAUGUCAGUUAAGAUUAUUAGAUGACCACUAUCGAAUGUAUUAUUUAUGACUUGCCAUAUACAAUUUAAAGCUUGCCAUAGGUCUAUACAAUUUAAAGCUAUACUAGGAGACGAAAGGGUAAGAUCAAGAUUAGUUGCACCGAGAAAUUUUUAAUCCGUUUACCUUAACAUCAUUAGAAUCUAUGCUCAUAAACUUAUAUGAGAGUAAUAGUUCACUUACGAAUAUUGAAACACCCCCAGAACCUCUCCGGUUAGUUUUAGUUAGUUAUUCCUAAUUUUGUUUCGUGUAUGUAUAUUAUACAGAUUAUACAGGCUAUUUCUCCGAUAUGAACUUGACCCGUUCUUUAUUAAUUAUUGGUUUAUGAUCGCGACUACAAGAAAGGUUGUUAUGAUUGGCAUUUGAUUGAUCUAAAUUAAAUUGCGUGUGUGUGUUUUGUUAUAAAAAAUGAUUACAUACAACAUUUGUCUAUUUUAGUAUAUAAUAAAUAUUUGUAUAUACUACACAAUCAAAUUUCGGCCGGCGAAGCUACCUUUUAUUUUUUCAAGCGUGGAGACUUGCGCAUAAGUAACAUUCCAAUGUGAUGACGUACUUUUCCAUGUUUAAACUUGUACACGCCUUCCAUACCUGCUGUUUAUGUGAGUUUCUACGAUGUAAAAGCAUCCAGAGAUUAAAGCUCUCGUCAGCUGUCCAUCUAAUGUCAUCCAUAAACCCACCUAUCUGACAGGAGUUGCAAGAGUUGAGCUAAUUAUCUAGUAUGAGCUACAACGAUUUGUCUGAAGCCGCCUUGGUUAUUGAUCAUGGGUCUGGAACAUCAAAGGUUGGGUUUGCAGGAGAUGAUGAACCCAGAGCGGUGUUUCCCACAGUUACUGCUUCCCCUAAAUCGCAGGAUUCGUCGAAUCAAAAGGGGUGCUAUGUAGGAGAUGAUGUUCCUGGAAAACGAGACAUGGUAUAUAUACGAUAUCCAAUAGAACAUGGAAUAAUAACUCGAUGGGAUGAAAUGGAGAGGAUCUGGCAUCAUAUAUUUCAUAAUGUUUUAUGUAAAGAUCCAGAAGAACGACCCGUUUUGCUCACCGAGCCCCCCUUUAACCCUAAAAUUAACAGAGAAAAAAUGACACAGGUCAUGUUUGAAACAUUUAAUACUCCUGCUCUAUGUGUUAGUAUUCAGUCAAUUCUAUCCUUGUAUGCUUCUGGCCGUACAACUGGAGUAGUAUGUGAUUCUGCUCAUGGGAUAUCCAAUAUUUUGCCUGUUUACGACGGUCAUGGUCUGAUAUAUAAAAGUAGAAAGUUUGAGAUAGCAGGUGGCGAACUGACAGACUACCUGAGGAGGGCUUUGAAUGAACGGGGAUAUAACUUUACAGGUAGAUCGAUACCUGAAACAGACAUUGUUCGGAGUAUUAAAGAAAAGUUAUGUUACGUGGCUGUGGAUUAUCAGAAAGAUAUGGAUGAGUCUAGUUCUAAUAUUUCAAGUUUUGAAGAGUUGUACGAACUUCCAGGUGGUGAAGUUAUCACCGUUGGUAAAGAAAGAUUUAUGUGUCCAGAAGUUUUAUUUCAACCUUCUAUAGACAGUUUUACUGAUAGAAUGUUAAAGGAAGUUAAAUAUCUUGCUCCCACUUCAGCCAAUAUCAGCAUAACUUCAGGACGGAAACACUCGGCAUGGAUAGGUGGUUCCAUGUUAGCUAGGCUAUCAACAUUUUUACCUAGGUGUAUUAGUAAAGAUGAAUAUGACGAAUAUGGACCGUCGAUUGUACAUAAAAAGUGUUAUUAAUAGUAGGUGCAUGUAAUACUGGUGGUUUUAUCGUUAAAAUAAAGUUAGGAUUUAACGGGGUAUAAAUUAUAGGCACCAAUUCAACAUAACAACAUCCAUUAAGAAGACAGAUGUUUAUCUAUAAGUCGGAUAAAAAUUACAGAAACAAUACUUUCCAUGGUUGGAAAAGUAGUGAAAGUUAUUAAAUAACAACAUGUAAUUAAUAUUGACUCUAAGAAUGCAGUAGAUUUAUAACACUUCAUAUAACUCGGAAAAAAUAAAAUUCGGUUUAACGAC